AUGAGCAACUUGGAGGCCACCAACCGCGAACAUUUCGACAAAGUCGCAUCCAACUAUGAGACCGACUUUGGCGAUAUGCUGCGCACCGCUAUCGCAGAGUUUCAAGCCAGGCGUCUCUGGAUCCGCAAAGAUUUGACCGAGAAUAACAGCACUUCCGAAGGUGAUAAUCCCCAUACGAUCCGGCUCCUGGACUAUGCAUGCGGGGCCGGGACGGCAUCCAAGGCAUUGGCGCCAUACGUCACCCAGAUCGUCGGUCUCGAUCUCUCAGAGAACAUGGUAUCCGAGUACAACAAGUACGCCCGCUCCAUGAGCUUUGACCCGCAGAAAAUGCAAGCGUACCGUCACAAUCUGCUGGACGAGACUGACAAGCCGCCCACCGACGUCGAGCUCGCAAACUUCGACGUCGCGAUCAUAAGCAUGGCGCUGCACCACGUUUCCGACCCAGGCAAACUCGUUCAGCGUCUCGCAGGGUGUCUGAAAGUCGGCGGCGUCUGCGUGGUACUGGAUAGAGCACCAUCACCUACAGACACGGACUUGGAGACCCCGGAUAUGCAUGAUCGGCCUAAGGUGCUGGAUACCAUUAAUCAGCAUUCUUUCAGCGAGGAACAGAUGCGCCAGCUGUAUGCUGAUGCAGGUUUGACUACAGGUUUCGACUAUGUGCGCAUUCCGAAACCUUUUGAGUUUACGCUGAAGGGGGAAAAGAUGUUGGUCAGUGGAUUCUUUGCUAGAGGAGAAAGGGUUGAACAUUAG